AUGGAUGACAGUGCAGAUGUCGGCUACUUUGUCGACUCAGAGGAUGAGGGGGAGCUGGAAGACGAGUGUGAACCUCUUAGUCGGUACCGCGAGGGACUCUACUAUCCUGUGUGCAUCGGCGAGGUCUUGAAUGGCAGAUAUCGGGUCUUGCACAAGCUCGGAUGGGGUGGGUUUUCCACGGUAUGGCUCGCUCGCGACCUCGAUCAGAGGACUGUGGCACUCAAGAUCAUGGUUGCCGAUGAACGUGGCGAUACGGAGCUGCCAAUACAAGCCAAAUUGAUCCAGAAAUUAGACGACACAUCUAGUCUCACCCUCUAUACUGCGGCUUUCCAGCUUCGUGGUGCCGACGAUCACCAUCACCUAUGCCUGGUGCUUCCAUUACGCGGUACCUCUUUAAGUGACUACCGUACAAGAGUACAGAAGCCAAUUACAGAACGCAUGUCUGUAGCGAGAACGGCUCUACAUGCCCUUGCUUCUGUGCAUAGUGUAGGGAUUAUACAUCGAGACCUCAAUCUUGGAGCUAUACUUUGGGAGCUACAGUCAAUUGAUCACUUAACGAAUGAAGACAUAUACCGUCUAUUCUGUAGGCCUCGCAAAAUGAAAAUAGGCGACCUAGGUUGGAAAUCGGGUGAGAUUGUACAAGGGAUGAAAGGCCUGUACCAUCUACUCGGCUCUUCAGCCUACCUCGGCGAUUUUGGCAUGUCAAUCCAUGCAGGCACCACGGUAGAAUAUACCGUCCAGGCUCCAAUGUCGUUUUGUGCCCCUGAGCGAUACCACGGCGCACAGCCAAGCUAUGCGAGCGAUUUAUGGAGCUAUAUAUGCAUCUUUGCUACUCUAUAUCUCAGUGUCGAGGUGGUCUGGGGUCAUGGUACCCUCUCUGUGGCCCGUAUGGUCGACGCCUUAGGCCCACUGCCUAAAGAGUGGAAGGGAUCCUAUUGCGGUCCCGGAGAGGCUGAGGAUUGGUGGUACGAUUGUACUGGUCUGUUACCACGCCCCAAAUACACUCACGAGACUCUUGAGCACAAGGUAGAUAGACUACGACCAGACAUUGGCCGGGAAGAAAGGAAGCUCGUAUUAUCGAUCCUGCAUCAAGGCUUUUCCUACCACCCAGAGCAGCGCCUUACUGCUACCAACUUGCUGGCCAGUCCAGAAUUCGUGGCGCUCAUGGGCAAGUAUGGCCUCUGA